CUGUACAUAACUCGAAGAAUAUGGACUACAAUGAAACUCUUUGAUGUUUAAAACUAAAAUAAUCAUUGACCGGAGUUUCUGUGAGGGAGCAGACGAAGAACAAUGGCGAUCUCACCUUCCAUGCUUCCCGCCGUUUUGUUAGUUUAUCUCUUAACAAUAUGCAACUCAAUGGCUGUGAUUCCUCAAUCUUCACGCACUGGCAGCGAUGCUCGCCGACAUUUGAUCGAUGAAAUUCGAGAAGCGGAGCUAAAGGUCGUUAGAUUAGAAUCUAUCCUUGUGGAAAGCAAUUCAUUAGUAGAUUCAAAAGAUCUUUAUGUCAAAGAAAGUGAGAAGAUGAUUGAGGAGAUGAGCAAUGAAGUUGAUCAUUUGCAAUCUGUUUUGUUAUCUAUGAAGAAUGAUUCAUCAAGUUCAAAUGAAAGGGUUACUCAGCUUGAAGAAGAGGUUCGACAUCUUUGGGAUACUGCAAGAAGAAACAAUUUUGAGCUUCACAACUUGGAAUCCAAAGCACAAGAUACUGAAAAAAGGCUGAAAGUAACCAAAUCAAGGGUUGAAAAGAUGGCUGCAAUUGUAACAGAACAAUGGAUUCAUAUUCAACAUCUUGAACAGGCUGUUGAAAUUUCACAGAGGCAAAUACAGGAAGCCAAAAGGAAUGCUACCAGGUGCUAUUUUCUAAAGUUUGCCAAAAGUCAACUUGGAAGUCUUGUUGAUGACUUGGGGAGAAUGAUGGGAAGAAGUUGGUCAGCAGUAAAACAGUAUCAUCACCAGCUGCAAUGGUUUGUAAAGAAUGAAAUGCAGAAAUGGAAAUACACUGCUGCUUAUGCCAACAAAGAAGUAGUCUUUUUCUUGGCAUCUGCUCUAAUCACGUUCCCAGCUUUGAGCUUUGGCGUGUUUCUCUUGAACAAUUUUUGCUAGCAAAUGGAUCUCUUUACAUUGAUAAAAUAGUUUAUUAUAAUUAUAGGUCUGAAAUUAGGAGGAUUUAGCUUCUAUAAUCUUCAAGUACAUGAUAAUGUAAAAGAUUUUUUUAAAUAAAUUUCUAGGUAAAAGUUGCGUUAGCUAGUGAAUAGUGAUAUUUUUAUAGUUGGG